AUGUAUGAACCGGUCUUGAACGUCCGGGAAAAAGCCCAAGAACUGAUCGAUAUCGUACGUGAGCAAACGAAUGCACCGAUCGCGGUGUGCGUAGAUACUGUCGCAACAAUUCUUGGCUCGUUACUGACCGAUUUACCAGCUGAAGAAGGACUACGCUCGAUUCGGAACGCAAUUCUGUCACCAAAUGUUAUCAAUGUGGAUGACUGCUAUGAUGCAAAACUGCUGAAAGCAUUGAUCAUUGAAUUGACGGAUAACAUCGAGGAUAAACAGCAACAAAGCUGGACGAUUCAAGAUGAUGAGCAAAAUCUGAUUAGUGCUUUGCAGCAGUUUUCAUCUAUUCUUAAAAACGCGGAUCGUCGAGUUUGCUUGAAACUAUUGAGGCAGAGUGAUUUCACUUUCGUGCAACGUCUUGUUUCAUUGUAUCAAAUCGAUCAACGUGGUAAUGUCUCAUUGAAUGUGUUGCAAACGAUACGUCAGUGUUGUGAGUUGGAUAAAACAUGUUUCGUGCAAGAUUCUAUCAGCUGGUCCAUCAUACUCAGUUCAUUCUUGCUGCCACACUUGACAUUUAGCAUCAGUUCAAUCCCGUAUCUGCGGAUUAAUCUUUUUCUUUCAGAUUAUUUCACUGUUGAAUUUUUAUCGAAAAUGCUGUCGUUGCUGCAAGAUUCAAAUCAGUUAAUCAUGCGAUUCAUAUUGAAUUUCAAUUUGCAUUUUGAUGAAUCGGAGAAUUUGAUUGUUGAAGCGCUGAAGCAAAAUGGUUGUUUGGCAUUUGGACAGCUGCUUAUCGACGAGCUAAAUCGCCAACGUAACAUGAAUGAUUUAAGUGCAAUAAAAAUGGUUUUGGACGUGUUUCGCGCUCAACCGCAAAUUGUCUCUACAACUUUCUACGAUAAUGAUUUGAGGGUGUUGUGUGCCGUACUCUGUCAAGAUCUUCUUGAUACGGAUAUUCCUAAGAAAAUAACGAUGAUUUUGGAAGUACUCGAACGACUGUGGUCGAUUUCUCAGGGGCAUCUGAAUAAUAGGCGAGAGAUUCUGGAUUCACUUCAAACGUUGCUUCUCUCAAAAGAACUUUCCGACCAGCAUAAACGGCAAGCACAGACCAUUAUCGAUAAUCAGCUUCGGAAUCAAAGUGAAUCUGAAUCUGAGCAAAAUGUUAUCAUGAUCUGA